GAUGCUGUACGCGCAAAGUAAAUCAAAAGCAAAACAAACAAAAUAAAAGAGAAGAAAUUUUCUUUGUGUUUCUUAUAGAGAAAUUAACGGUUUAUUCUUAUUUUUGUUUUACUUUCUAAUAACUUUGAUUUUCUUUUAUUGGAACUCUUACUUGAUCUUGCCUUGUAACAAGAUAGUACCUAGUACCAACCUGGCAUAUUUACUCGACUUGAAUAACUUCGAUAGGCAUUCAUCUUUAUAGAAAGGAAAAAAAUACAAAAAAACAAUAAAAGGACUGCCCAUUGUCAUGGGCCAACGAUUAAAUCAUCAAGGAAUCUUUGUAACAUACGCUUUGAAAUCCAGCUUUUCAUACAAAAUUUUGGUUUCCUGAAAUCAUUCAGAAGCUCACGGUUGUAAAGAUUCAUUGUCAAAAAGGACUACUGGAAUUGUUUGAAGAUGUUGGUUCAGCUGUUUGAAUUCACGCCUCUUUCUUUCAUAGACGAUGUAAUUAACAUUACCAAUCAGCUGUUGUACAAGACUGUCAAUGGUGUUGAUCGAGCGUUUUCCUCGCUCUCGAGCACAAGAAAGUCCCCGAAAGAAAUUGAAGAAGGAUUACACAAGUUUGAAAUCUUAUUUGAGAGUAUCGUUGAUCGAUAUUACGAUAGGUUUGAAAUAUAUGUUUUAAGAAACAUUUUCCAUUAUCCCCCAGAACUGAAGGGUUACCUCCGCCUAGAAGGGCAAACAGCGGACUACACAGUGACAGCGGAAAAGGAUGCUACCAUUGACCAAGAAAUAGAAGAGGCUGCUCAAGUACUCACAGAGAAACUCAAAGCUCGUCACUCCCUAAGAAUGCGGCUACGAACAAGUGAGGAACGGCGGCAACAAUUGGAACGACAGUUAGAAACACUUUCUUUUCUUUCCAACAUCCCAAAAGAGCAACGAAUUACUUUACCAGAAACAACCGACUUUUUGUUGGACCAAUUGGCCGGACUACAAACUUCCCUUCAUUCCGUCACGCAGGCAUCACCUAUUCUACCUUCACGCGAAGUAGAUGAACGCGUUAUGUAUCUCGAAAAACGAUACGAAAAACUAGCUGGCCCGAUCGAGCAGCAUCGAGAUUUUUGGUCGCAUCAACUGAUCAAGUUAGAAUCUAUCGCGAACACAGAGGACGUUUCGCACAUGAGUAAACUUUUAUCUUCUUCUGAUGACUCCAGUAGCGGUUAGAUUAUUUGUGUAAUGUAUAAUAUAUAAGAUAUGACAAGACUCGAAGAUCAUUCCAUGAAAGUGAAAAGAGAGAAAAAGAAAGGAAACAAAUAGCUUCCAUUACGAAAAGAG